AUGGUUGACAUAUUAACAAAUAAAAAUCUUUCACGUGAAGAUCAAGUACGAGAAUUACAAGAAACUGUUGAUAAUCUUGGAAAAUUUGUUAGUUCAGUUCAAUCAAGUGAAUUUAAAGGUAAAAUUGUUGAAACUAAAACAUAUGAUGAAAUAAUUGAAAAUGAAUUAAAAAAACUUGAUGUAGAGAAUUUAACAAGACAUGUUCAUUUCUUAACAUUAUUUUUACCUGAACAAUUUCUUAAACGUGGUGCUGAUCAACGAUUAAUUGAUCAAUUAAAUUUUGAUGAUGUUGUUAAAUCACAUCGUGCAGAACAAUGGAGUUUUUCAUGUAAACUUUCACAAUCAUUAUCAAUUUUUCAAAUGAUUCUUCGAAAAUUUGUCAAGUAUGAAAAAUCUGUUUGCGUUAAUCCAUUUGUAUGGAAUGUUCGUACGAUAAUUAGACCAGGUACGAGUAAAACUAUUCAAGCACCCCUUUGCAAUGCGGUGAAUACUUGCUUUACAAAAACAUUCGAUAUACUGUUCAAUUCUUUGGCACUUAUGAAAGAAUACUGUUCAGAUUGCUUUAAACAAUGUUCCAUAACUGAUUUUAUCGUUCAAUUAUCAUCUUCAGUAGUACCUGUCGAAUGGCAAAUGAAUGGAAUAAAGGCAUUUGUUGAAAAUUCUUCAAUUCCGUUACCUAUAAAUUGGUCGACUACAUGGCCUGGAUAUAUUCAUGGAAAUUAUCUUGCUGUUGAUGUUGUACGUGAAACAAAUGUACUUGAAAAGAAUACACAGUCGGCAACAAUGAAUUUGGUAGAUGUUCUAUCGAAUAUUGGGGGUCAGUUUGGUCUAUGGAUUGGUAUUAGUUUUCUUUCCAUAAUGGAAUUGAUUGAAAUGCUCUAUUGA